AUGAAAAGGGAAAAUCAUUCAACAGUCUCUGAAUUCAUCCUCCUGGGCCUUUCAGACCAGCCAGAGCAGGAGAGGCUCAUGUUUCUUGUAUUCCUGUUUAUGUAUUCAAUCACAGGUCUGGGAAACUUGCUCAUCAUUCUGGCCAUUAGGACUGACUCACGUCUCCACACCCCCAUGUACUUCUUCCUCACCAACUUGUCCCUGGUUGAUAUUUGCUUCACCUCCACCACCAUUCCUAAGAUGUUGAUUAAUUAUAUAUCUGGGAAUAAAUCAAUUCUUUAUGUCAAUUGCCUAGCACAAGUAUUCUUCUUCAUCUGGUUUGUAGGAUUAGAUAGUAUCCUCCUUGCCUCCAUGGCCUAUGACCGCUACAUGGCUAUCUGUGUCCCAUUACACUAUACCAUAGUCAUGACUCCAAGGGUCUGUGUCUUUCUAGUAAUAUUAUGCUGGUUUUGGGCUUGUGCUAAUGCCCUGACACACACUCUUCUGCUAACCCAACUUUCAUUCUGUGGCCACACUGAAAUUCCUCAUUUCUUCUGUGAUCUCAAUGUGAUAAUAAAAUUGGCCUGUUCAGAUACCUUCAUCAACGACUUGGUGAUCUACAUACUAGGAGGACUGAUAGCGCUUGUUCCAUUUAUUGGCAUUCUGAUCUCCUACAUGCACAUUGUUGUGGCUGUGCUGAGGAUCCCAUCAGCUCAUGGGAAAUGGAAAGUUUUCUCCACCUGUGGCUCCCACCUUACUGUGGUCUGUCUCUUCUAUGGGACAAUCAUUUUAGUGUACUUCAACCCAACAUCUACUCACACAGCCCAACAGGACACAGCAUCAGCUGUGAUGUACACUGUGGUCACUCCUAUGUUGAACCCUUUCAUCUACAGCCUAAGGAACAAGGACAUGAAAGGAGCUUUGAGGAUGCUCCUUACCAGGAAGUCAGGUCUCUCUUUGUGA